AUGAGCAAAGAUAACUACACAUCAGUCAAUGAAUUUCUACUAUUGGGAUUCCCACAAAUUAAAGGUUUCAAGACCAUCAUUUCAUUUGUUCUAAUUAUGACUGUUUACAUUAUAACACUAGCAAUAAAUUCUAUGAUCAUUACUUUGGUGUCAACCAGACCACAAUUACACUCUCCCAUGUACUACUUCCUCCAGCAGUUGUCAUGCAGUGAAAAUGUGUUCCUGACUGUUAUUAUCCCUAAUAUGCUACGUGUUAUAUGGUUGGAAGGAGCCACCAUGUCUAUUGUAGGUUGUAUAACUCAGACUUAUCUUUACUGUGCUUUAGGGUGUACAGAAUGUAACCUUCUCACAGUCAUGUCUUAUGACCGAUAUCUGGCCAUAUGCAACCCUCUACGUUAUAGCACCAUCAUGACCAUCAAACUUCAACAUUCCUUGGUUAUCUAUUGCUGGUUAUAUGGCUUUGUGAUCCACCAGAUUACUCUUUAUUUUCUGUGUCAGCUUCAGUUCUGUAGGCCCAACGUCAUUGAUCAUUUCUUCUGUGAUCUUGAUCCUUUUAUUGAACUGUCAUGCUCUAACACAGAUGCAGUACAAUUAGAAGUUUUUAUUGUUGCCUUCUCUGUAUUAGUCAUCCCAUUUAUCUUAGUAGUAAUUAGUUACAUCUGUGUUUUCACAACAAUUAUUGGAAUCUCUUCUAAAACAGGAAAGAUGAAAGCCUUCUCCACCUGCAGCUCCCACCUCUCAGUCGUGACCAUGUACUAUGGAACCUUGAUUACGAUUUACAUAGUUCCAGCUGAUGGACGUUCCUUGACCAUGAACAAGUUGAUUGCCCUCUUGUAUACUGUAGUAACACCCCUGUUUAACCCAAUCAUAUACAGUUUAAGGAAUCAAGAGAUUAGAGUCAUCAUGGAGAAUAUAUUUAGGAGUAAGUGGCCAUUCAGUAAAACAAAACAUAAACAUGAAAAUUAG